AUGUAUUGGAUUAGUAUAGGAGUUUCUGUUUAUAUUGAAGAAUUUUGGUGGGCUAUUCCUUUUGCGUUAUUUGGCUUACCAAUUAUUCUGGCAUUUUUUAUUGGGGCAACUUGUGAUUUUGCCUUUUUAGCCAAAAAAUAUAAUUAUUAUCAAUUUAUAUUUUGUAUUAGUUGGAUUAGAUUAGUGCAACCCAGUAUACCGCAGUCUGCUAAAUGGGAUAUUGAAGAAUUUUGGAGAAAUUUAGAUUUACAUAUUAACUUAUCUGAGAAACCAGGGGAAGUAGAUUUGAUUAUAUGGUCAGAAGCCGCCUUAGUAGUACCAUAUGUUUAUGAGCCGGUUAAAAUAAAAAUAUUGAAUAUGUUACAAAAUAAAGAUGCAAUUUUAAUUACUGGAGGAGUAACAGAGAAUGGUAAGGUAAAUCAGGAAGGAGAAAUUUAUACUAGUUUAUACGCUUUAACUCCGGAAGGAGAGCAAUUAUUUGAGUACCAUAAAUCUCAUCUAGUCCCCUUUGGGGAAUAUAUGCCGCUGAAAAAGUUAUUACCUUUAAAGAAAUUAACUCCUGGGAUUAUGGAUUAUACACCAGGAGAUGGCGGGCUUGUUAAAGUUGAUAGACAUAAUCUUACUAUAAAACCGCUUAUUUGUUAUGAAUCGAUUUUUCCUAAUUUUGUUCGUACUACUAAUGAAGCAUUAGAUUUAAUAAUUAAUGUAACUAACGAUGCGUGGUACGAACAGCUAAUAACGGUAUAUCCGCCAUAA